AUGGCAACGGAUGUCGGGGCACUGCCGGACGACGCCCUCGCCAACGUCUUCCGUGGCCUGCCGCUGCGGAGCCUGGCCGUGGUCCGGUGCGUCUGCAAGGCGUGGCGCGACGUCGUCGACGCCCGCGCGCUUCUCCUCCCGCAUCUACACCUCCUGCCGCGCUCCGUGCGGGGAGUCUUCAUAAACUACCUAGACCACGACCACCCUCACCACUUAGUCCGUCCCUGCUCGCCGUCGACGAUUCCCAGAGUAGACGGCACGCUCAGCUUCUUGCCCAACGACCACCGCAGGUCGGUCUCGGUCCUGGACCACUGCAACGGCCUCCUCCUCUGCAAAACUAAGUGGAGAAGCGAGCUCUGCGUGUGCAACCCGGCGACGUGUCGGUGGACGGUGCUUCCCCGGGGCGCAGAUGGCCACCAUUACGCUAGUGCGUACGCCGCGUUUGAUCCGGCCGAGUCGCCGCAUUACGAAGUCAUCUUGGUUCCCGCCGUGCCGGAGGCGCCAUCGCCGCCCGAGGACCACCGCUGGCCGGCGGAGGAGGUUCAGCGGCGUGCGCUACUAUGGGAGAAGGAGAAAGACGCGCCCUUCUGCUUGGACUGGUUCUUCUCGUUGCCAGAAGACGGCGCGGCAAUUGGCCAAUGGGAGUUUGACCAGCUGCAGCACGAUAUCAACGACGACCCAUGUCGCUACAUGGAAUGGCCACCAGCGGCAUGGAAGCUGUGCGUGUUUUCAUCAAGCACUGGUCAAUGGGAGGACAGGAUUUUUGUCCGGGAAGGAACGCCGGCAGGGAUGGUUCAGAACUUCAGAAGAUGCGAUCGGAUAUAG